GCUCAUGAGACAGAGUGAGUGAGAGAGAGAGAGAGAGAGGGGGAGAGAGAGAGGGGGAGAGAGGGAGCAAGCCACUAUCAUUCUUUCCUGACUCCACACGGGAACGCAGCAUCCCAGGAACACGGAAUCUUGGCAGACUGGGAGACGGAGAAACGGGAGCGCACUGGAACGAUAAAAGAGGAGAAUAAAUGAUAUCUUUCAUCUGUUGGUCUUCCUCACUCAUCCAAUGUCACUUGUUCCUUUCUUUUUCUGAGGAGAACUUCUCCAGAGCCUCCAGUGAAAACACAUACAUAUAGCGAUAUAUCUAUAACAAUCCUAUACAUAUAUCAAUAUACAGUAUGCCUGUUUUCCUAAACAGCGUGUGGGAUACAGAAAUGAGCAGAAGAAAGACACCUUGACCGUCAACAAAAGCUGUGGCGCUGAUAUUUUCCCGAGUGAACUGAAAAGUGGGCAACAUCAAGAAUGACUUGUGGAAUAUCUUUAAACUGUAUCGUGAGGGAUCUUUUCCUCACUGGCAUAACGCCCCGUUUAAUGGGACAAAGAUCUUGGAUACGGCUCGAUUCUAACGUCAGCGUGAUUUCUACGAGGUUUUGAACUGGAAGCUUACCAACUGUGUUGCUGGAUAUUUCUUGGGCCAAGAAACAGUUUGUCUCAGGUUGAGAUCCGCAAAUUUGGAGGCUCUCCAACGGGGAGGAAUCUCGCUCGCUCUUGUUCAGUCUGCAUGUAGUGAUGACAGCGGCGAGCGUGUGGUGCGCUGAAGUGGCGUGGAAAGCUUUCUCCACCUUCGUUCCCUGUAUCAGCUUGCUGUAGGAACCGACUGACCGGUCGGCAUUUAACUCUUCACUUAACAAACUUUUAAACUUUUUCUGUGUCCCCUGUGGCCGUAUUGUGCGCUGUUGCAUUCUACGCAUUGUGGGAUUACUAAAAGCUCACGAUGGCAACAUCACUCUUGUUUUUGAAUGUCUUGACUGCCGUUUUGCUUUUUAGCGGCGUUUCUCGCAGCCAGAAAGCCAACACGGCGAGCACAGGUGUGCAAACCGCCAACAGGACGGUUGUUCCAUCCGGUGCCCCAGAGGUCACUCUGGCAACCCCACGGUCAGACGCGGAUGAACAAACCCCGUCGUCCGGGAGCCGCUGUUGGGGUUACUACGACGUGAUGGGUCAAUGGGACCCGCCGUUUAACUGCAACGCGGGAAUCUACCUGUUCUGCUGCGGUUCCUGCUACUAUCGCUUCUGCUGCCAGUUCAAGGUUCACAGUCUGGACCAGACGUCCUGCUCCAACUACGACACGCCCGUGUGGGCCAACACAGGCAAGCCGGCGGCUCCGGUUACGGACAUUCAGGAGGAACCGGAUCGAGAUCGCACUCACAUGAUUGUGUAUAUCAUCUGCGGAGUGGUGGCCAUUAUGGUCCUGGUUGGAAUCUUCACCAAACUGGGUCUGGAAAAAAGCCAAGGAGGGCAAACGGACAUGACCAACUCUAGGGCCCUAACAGAACUGUUGAAACAGCCAGGCGAGGCAGGGGGCAUGGACAGAGGAGGACACCACCCAAUCGGAUCCAACGGCCUGUCCGGCAGGACGAUGCGUACCAAUAAUGAGCACAAUCACCUGAAUAACGCCGGACAUCCUCAUCGGAGUCCCGCAAUGGCCCUCUCCCAGCCUCACAACAGCCUGGGCUUCAACAAAUAUUCCUCUAUCAAGGCAAUGGAAACAACAGUAAGGGAUUACUACCCCAAAGGCUACCCAAUGAUGGAGUACACCUAUCGGCAGUCUUCGCCUGCAACCUUCCAACCCAUCGCUUUCCACCCCAAAGACAAGCCUUUCCUCCCACCUCCAGACAUCCAUACACCUCUAGCCAUUACCAUCACUUCUGCUCAAGUCCCCAAGCCCAAGAUCUCCAAGACCAACACUCAUCCACUCACUUCUAGCUCGGCCUUCAAAGCCUGGGACCCCAACAAGAGCCACGUCCAACACCAGGUUCCUCUGAUGGCUCAACAGCAACCUCCACUGUCCCAGCCUAACAGUCGGCGUCAGGCGUUCUCCACCAAGCGGCAGUUCAGCAUCGAGACUCUUCCAGAAUUGUUCACCCAACCUUUGGGGUACGGACACACACCUGGGGUGUCUCCACAUCUCCAUCUUAAACACAAGGGACUGCCAACAAAAAGCAAAACGGAGGUCACGGUGUGAGGAGGAAACCUGAAACGAAAGAGAGCAUGAUUGUGAUUAGACGUUGCAACCAGAUGUUAGAACUUCAGUUGUAUUUCAAUUAUAAUUCCUUGUAUUUGUAUUAUAUAAUUAUCUUACUGAAACACCAAGGUCAAAGGAGAAACCUUUUGCAUGAUCCUGAGUCUUGAUAAACCUACCACCCCAAAUGUUCUGGCCUGUUGUUCUUUUACCACUGGCCUUCAGAUGUCUCCAGGGUGCCAGACCCAUGUGGAGCCUCCGCACCCUUCCAGACGAGGCUGUCAGCUUCCAUCGGUCACCACCUGCCACACAGAGAGAUUUAAUUCUGGCAAUUCGAGACGAUGGAAAGCUUUAGGAAGACAACUAUGGAGAAACAAAGGUGAUCUGAGGGAAAGCUUAAGGCAUUUUGGCUGCUUCUAUUUCAAAUCCUUGUACGAGACACACCACAAGGUCAACGAGGGUGUCUCCGCUCCUGACAGAAUUACUGCCCAUAGAGAUGAGGUGCCACAGUGACAGAGGAGAGCAUGUCUAGCUGAAAGAGUCUCAUGACUAAUGUAACAGGUAGCACUGCCAAAACAACUUUGUUCACUUGACCCACGUGUAUCCUCUCCAAUAUGUCAACAACUCCCUCUCAUUUAUCAGAAUGUACAGUAAGUAGCUAUCCUUUUGGUAAAAGUUGAUUUUGAAUCUAAGUGCUGGUACAAGUACGUCUAGCAUGCAUCAGCAAUAUCUAUAUGCUACCGUAGCAUCAUAAUCCAGAAAUAAGUGCUAAAUCUGGUGAUGGGUAUCAAAAUCUGAGAGGUUUAGGUGUCUUGGAGUUUGCUCCAGGGACCGGGAAAACGGUGGCAAUACUACCCCUGUCUGUCUUCCCCGCCUGGGGCUGAAUGACUUAUAGACGCAGCUGCCGAACUCACUUUUCUCUCCACUGCUCCAAGCUGUUCCCAGCCGGGCGUCUGGCCGCCACACUGCCACAAAACAACAGGGGGCGCUGUAAUUGAUGAUGGCACCAUAACAGAUCCAAAAAUAUGUUCUUGAAACUGCAUGUAGACCCAAAUUCUAUGGUUUUCUUCAAUCAGCAAUGGGUCUGAAUGGAGGUUGGUUUUGCUGAAAGACUUAGAGGUGAGAACACAAAAUGUAGCGAAUUUAUGCAAACCUAUUUUUUUUGUUUGUUUGACGACAACCCCUGUCCUUUACAGAGCAAACAUCUGCACCCAAACAUUAGCAAGUGCUCCAUGUUUGAACAGCCCUCAGUGAGCAGCACAAGAGAUUUUACGGUCGAUGACAUCUAAUGUAUGAGCCUCCGAGGGGCUAUUAAAGAGUGUGAAAUGUUCAAGGAUAGAGUUUAACACAACUGCCGCUUAGAGCCAAACGCAACCUCAGUGUUGCGAUUAAGAGGGGCAGAGAAAGAUUAUUGAACUGGGAAGAAUGAGGCAACGGUACAAGCCUUCCUCUGUCUGAACACUAGAUUGCAUUACAGUCAUCUCUCAGUACACUUUACAGAAAAUGGGCUGGUAAUGAACUAUGAAAAGAGAGGAUAUAGAAAGAAACAAAUGUCGUCGCUCCCUUUCUCAUUCUACCUUCAUUUUGGAGAUCAUUUUUACUUCUGGACUUGCUCCAGGGAUAGACGCUCCAAAAAUAUGAUGCGGUUACAGCAUGUUCCAGGAUGGCUAUUUUCAACCGUUUUAUUGUUGUGAAGUUGUGCCGACACGUUCUCACGGGCCAACUUGCAGACAAUUUAUCUUGAGUUACAAUGAUGACUGUUCCGGCUCCAUUGUGUUGUUGGGUUUCAGGGGCAAAUGCUGGAGGACAAAUACGACUUUCACCUUUUCUUGGCACAGAGAUGCUAACCCAUACCAACUACAAAGGUUAACCCUGUCUGAACUGAAGCCAUACUGCUGUAUGUAGAAUCACAAAGACCGUCUUAGAGGAAUGCUUGGAAAACCGGAGCAGAUUUCCCUCUGAACAAGGAUUAGGGAGACAGGUCUACGACUGCUUCACCAAAUUAAGAACCCGAAAAGUAACUUGGUACAAACACUAUUUCUGACAUCAUCUCAAUGAGGUGUUGGAUUGUUAGAUAUUUAAUUCAGUGUUUGAAGGCAAAGGUCCGAAGUCAAAUGAGUACAUCCACAUCCUUUACUUUAAAAGAAACACAAGGUGUAAAUAUCAACCGUACGCUUCUAAAUUCCUCCAGAGUGGUUAUUUUAAACCACACGAAUAAGCUGAAUGACUGUUUCCAAUUUCUUUGUAAAAUGAAAGUGUCCUACCUGCGAUAUGAAUGCCACUAGGUAGCAUUUUAUCUUUAGCAAUACAUGACGUACUUUUUACUGUUUAUGUACAAUUUGCAAUGUCGUAUUUUUGUACCGUAAGCGUCAAUGGAACAUCAAGCCUACUGCAGUCGACAACCAUUUGAUAGAGACAAAGUGCUUCCGAACACAGUUCUCAGACCUUUACUAACGUUAAAAGAUGUCUUGCCAUAUUUGAAGCUUGCGCUAUAGAGCAUACGCUUUAUUUAAUCAUUUUUAAAAGAUGUAUUGUAACCAAUGCUUGAAUGACAUGUUAGUUACCAGUCCAGAGACGUGUACUAUUGUAAAAUUGAAGAAUCACAUUGUUCCCAUUUGUCUGGUGGUACGUUUGACCGUUCUGUUCUCAUGCACUGUCCUAUGGCUGUUCAUUUCGUCCGUGUAUGAUUUGGUUCAAUUCUAAUAAGGGCUUUUAAAAGUGGUUUGUGCUCUUAAAAGGAGUUGUCCCUUUAGUAAUCCUAAACAUGGAAACUAUAUGUAUAUCAAUACACACACCUAUAUGUGAAACAAGUGAUUUCUAUUGUGUGUACAUUUAAUGAAGCAGCAAAUGUGGAUUUGGGAAUAAGGUUUGGGAAUAUGGACACUUUAGAGCUGUUUUGUCUGAAACUGAAAAGGAGUUUGGACCCACAAAAUAUGACAAAUUUGUGAGAACUUUUUAAAGGAAUGAAGACUAAAUUUACCAGCGUUAAAGGAAAUCUAAAGCCAGCUACAGAACUGCAGGUUGAUGCUAAAAAAUGAUCUCCCAUGUUACAUGGGAGAGAGUUAAGAAGACUAAUCGGGCUUGCUCGGUAACUAGGGCCCGUUUUCUACUACACUGGCAUUGAGAAACACCAUCUGCUGUGGCUCAUUGACAUGUUUACUCAUUAUAUAAUGCAGUCCUGUCUAUUUAUACAUCAGGGUUAAUAGAAUAAAUUAGCAAAAAGUUGACUAAAUCUAAACAUUGUACACAAAUUCUGUGUAUAUGAUGUGAAUAUAAAAGAGCAUGAUAUGGCCUAGCACAAACACAGGUGCGCACAUGCACACACUAAAGAUAAGAAUUCUUUAAUUUUCACAAAUGUUUUUCAAGGUGAAGAGUUAAGGGCCAUUCACACUGACAGACACCAGCAGUGAUAAAGUGAUCAACAUCUUUCAUUUUUUAUGACAGAUCUGAGGCGACAUGAGACUACAGAGGAUCGAGUGUUUUCAUGCAGAAUUUAAUGUUUCGUCGUUCAAAAGUUUAGGGUCACUUGCAUUUUUAAAAUAAUUUCCCCCCCCAAAACGUAUAAGAAUAACAAGCACAAGAUUCACAACUAUAUUCCCAUCGAUCCAACAAACUCCGAAAACAUUCUAAAUUCUCAUUCACGUCGAUCCAGCAAGCGCAUUGGUUGGAUCAGUGUGAGUUUGCCUCAUAGAAUAAAGCAAAAUAUUGUAACUGUGGGAAUUUUGUUGUAAAGGUCCAAGUUAAAUCAAUCCUGUUAUAUUUAAGCAUCUUCAAAGUGGUCACCCUUGACACAGAAAUUGUAAAAAUGAUCCUUUAUUUAAACAGCUUCUUGUGGUCCCACCCUGUGAUGCUUGUUUAUUGUAUUGAAGAAUUUCACGUUAUUUUAGGCUCUUAUCUAAAUACAGUUUUUUUGUUUUGUUUUGAAAGGAAUGUAUACAGUAUGUUAGCACAAUUAUCCCUUUCUUAACAUAAAUUAUAACAAUUUAGACAUAUGCCCUCAGAUCAAAAGGUUUUAGGUUAUGAAAAACAUUUCAGUCAUGUGACCUUAAACUUCUGAAAAGUAGUGUAUGUGUGCUUCUUUCUAUUCACACGCAGCCCUAUACUGCAUGUCCUAAACUUGGCUGUGUUUCAAAAUUCAUUGAGUUGCAAGAAAUGUUUAUUAUUAUUAACUUGUAUAACUAUAGUCCAACUGGUAGCUAAUAACAAUCGAUAUCACAAGCAAACAUUCAACGGGUGGAGUUUCAAUUCUAUGGAGCUUCUAUGUGGGCCUGCUAUGAUUCUCCAUUACAGUUAGUACACAGCCUUAGAAGGCAGCUGCCUACGUAGGAAACCGACAGCAUGAGGCAGCUAACUAGAUCUCCUAAACUUAGUUUCCUAAAACUAAUGACUCUCCUUUCAUCUUUUCCUUCUAUCGUUUUUCAAACAGAAACAAAUAUACUGAAAGGCCCUUUAGUAUCCUUAGAGAAACUGUCGAUGAUCAAACCAUAACUACAACUUACAGUUCAGACAGCUUCCCUGAUUAUAAUAGCAUAUGUUUUGUCACCGGCAGGGCAGACGCCAUGUUGCAGUAGCAUCUUCGUUGGUUCUUCUCGUCUCUCUCUCUCUGCCAGGAGGGUAGGAGGUGCAAGUCUUAGCUGUCAGUGAUAUCUAAGUUAAUAUGGGUCUCCUGUGGAUGGAGAAGGAGAGAGAGAAACCGAGGAUAAUAUGGUACAUGACGAUGAAGAACUCUGGGUUGGAGGGAGGAGAGAGCAGAAAUCUCUCAUCCUCUCCUUCAGUCUCGAUGUUCUCCGUCUCGUUACUCGUCUAAAGCUCCAUUUCCAAAUCAGCUGCGCAUUUACUUCUCAGGUCUGGUUGCGCUUUGGGGAAACAUUCAAUUAUUCAGAAAAAUCAAAUUUGCAGGAUUGUGAAAGAGACAUUAAAGACUGGGAGUUUCAAAAGCGAAGAAACCUGCUUGACUGAAGUGCACCUUUUUGGAAAUAAUCACAAAUGUACAAAGUUUUUUGUUGAGACACUUGUUGACUGUUGAAAUGGUUUUAUGUGUCUGGGGGCCUACUGUAAGUUUAGGAAUAGUUUUAGCCUGAAGUGAUGAUUGUUAUUUACUCGCCCUCAUGUCUUUCCGAACCAUGACUUUCUUUCUUUUGUUGAAUACAAAGGGAGAUGUUACCAUAUGGUGACCCAAAAGCCCCAAAAAUUACAAAGAAAGAAAUAAAAGUCCUGAUUUCCUAAGUGAUAUAUUUAAAGUCUGUGUGUGAGGAACAAACCAAUAUUUGCCUUCCACUACAGCGCUCAAAUAUCAUCUCCAAACGUUUCUUACAAGACGUGAAAAUCACUGGCGUCCUCAGUUCCGUCCAACAUUUCCAUUUCUGUUCCAUUGAAAGAAAGAAAAAGUCAUGCGGAUUUGGAACAAUUGGAGAAAGUGGCGGCUUAUUUGGGUUAACUAUUCCUUUCAAGACUGGCUGAUACAGUUCAGUUAAAAAAGCCACAAAAAAUGGUUAUAAUAGUCAGGUAGAGAGUUUCUGUAGGUUGGCAUGAAAGCAAUCUUACUGAAUACUUUUUAUUAUAAGCAAUGUUAUUAUACUGAACAUAUGGUACAGUGAAUUGUGAUGUUUAUGAUGAUGAAAGUGAUGCUGAUAGUGAUGGCAACAGUAACCAUGCCAACAGAACAGCAAAGAAGAUGUCAAUCAUUUCUAUGGCAGUUUAUGUACAUUAACAUAGACACGGUCAAACUAAUUGAAUGGCUUUUCAAGCAUCUCUUUAAUACAGAAACAUUGUUAAGUGUUCUUUGUAUAAACUUGUUUAAAAAAUAAAGAGCAGAGUGAAACUUCACUGAACUGUAUCUGAUUAU